UUUGUAAUUAUAAUAUUUGUGUUGUGCAGGUGAUGGGUAUCCUGUGCAUGGCGUGUGCUGCCCCGGCCUGGACCAAGGGCACACACUGGUUCCUCUUCGUGGUGGUCACUGCCUUCGUCUCUACCUCCAUCUGGUGUUUUAUCUACCUCCUCAACCUCAAGAAUGCUAUCAACCUCCCCAUUGAUUGGCUACUCACUGAGCUGCUCAAUACCGCCAUUACCACUCUGCUCUAUCUCAUUGCCGUCAUUGUGCAGUUCUGCAGUAUCGUUGCGGAGAAGGAACGGAACAUCGCAGCUGGGGUUUUUGGUGUUUUCAAUAUGCUGACCUAUGCUGUGGGCUCCUUCUACUUGUACCGUGACUGGAAGGACUCGCAUCCACAAUCAUCCUUCUCUGGCCCGGUUCUGAAGAGAAACCCAUAAACAUCUAGAUGAUUAUUAGAUGUGCUUAGCCUGACAGUGGCAGAAUAACGUAAAGGCAAGAACGGCAGUUGCCUCAGAGGCCCCCGAAGCUCCUGGGUGUAAGGGGCUCCGUGGCUGUAUUUUGUAUACAAGAAAUUGGCUUUAAUGGAACAUAAGAAAUGAACCAUUAUAUUCUCAAACUAAUUUUGGUGUACAGUAUAUUUUUGUGCAACAUAUUAAGCCAUAACAAACAUGAAUAGAUUUUAAUGUAUAAAUAUAUAAAUAUUUUGCAUAUAUAAGUGCUGGCCCAGGGUUCCACCUGCUCAUAGUCCACCACUGCUUAGCCAUUGAAGAAACUCCAGUUGAUCACACAGGAGCCACUUAUUCUUACCAAGUACAAUCAUACUCACUCACAGGUCACAAAGCCACUCACACUGUACACAUAUCCAAGAUAUUAGCAAUCCCACUGUAACUGGAACUGAAUUUUCUGAUAAAAAAAAUAUGUUAAUAGGAAAGAAAUUCAUUGAUAUUCAUAGGAAUUAUGGAAAUUGCUUAAGAAUGUUAUUUUGAUCUCCAUAUAUGUUUAUGAAUGUCUUCACCUGAGAGCUUUAUUUAGAGAUGUUUUGUACCGAAGUGUUGUAUUUGUUUAGGCAGAGUCACGUAGUUGUCAAGCUCAGCAGGAGCUAAGGAAACUCUGGGAAUAAUUAAGUGUCUAAUUACCCUCUUGUUAUUUCUUAGAAUUUGGUUUAUGUGUAACGUAUGGUGUGAGCUGAGGCAGGAUUGUUCUACUGUGCACACACCAGCCCAAAACUCAUGCUGUACACCCAAGAGCUCACAUUAACCCAAAAUUCCUGAAUACAGUAUAAGAAUCUUUGAAAAACCACAUACUUCAUUACUAUGUUGACGGAGGCUUCCAUAUAUAGCAUAUGAGGUGCUCUGGAGAGUAAAGUUAAACAUUAUCCUAACAUUGGUUAUAAGAACUGCCAUAAAAAAAAGCAGUUUCCAAAAUAUAAUAAAAAAUAAAACAAUGAACUUUUCAAUAUACAGUGGACCCCCGCAUAACGAUAUUAUUUCAAUCCAGAAGUCUGUUUGGGUGCCGUUAUAGACCGAAUUUGUUCCCAUAAGAAAUAUUGUGAAUUAGAUUAGUCCAUUUCAGACCCCUAAAAAUACACCUACAAAAGCACUUACAAAAAUAAACUUACAUAAUUGGUCGAGUUGGGAGCUGAUCGUUAUCCGGGGGUCCACUGUAUAUUUUCAAAAUUCAGAUAAAUAUGAGAUGUUGCUCAUAGGGUGAAUUUGUUUACCUCUUCACCUCACUGGUUAAUUAUCCCUAGUCGACUCAAAAGAUGUCUAUAGGUUUUGCAACCUUGAAGUUCAAAGGAGGUGUAUUAGAUCAGGUUUCUCGAGCAGUGGACUAUGGCCCCCAGGCAGGCAACGAGGGGGGUAGUAAAUGCCUCAAAUAACUGUUCUGCCAUAUCACUUAGAAACAUUAUAAUUAGAGCAAUAUAAUUUCUGAAUAAUACAUUGCCCCUCUCUUAAUUUUGAAAAUCAAAUAAGUGAAUAGGUCAUCAUGCACCCUGUCAAAAACACCUGUAUAUUAUAGGUAAAUAUAUUUGAACUUGCCAGAAUUAAGCAAUAACAGUAACAGUUAGACAGGUACAUCAUAUCUUAUGACUUUAUUUAGGCUUUAAUGUAUAUUUAACAAGAUGAACUUUAUAUCGUAGUUUAAUAUAUUUUCUCAAGACUACUCACAAAUUAGCACAAAACAUUAUUAUCUUCUGUUCAGUUACAAAGAAGACAAUUAUCUAUUGAAAUAUUAUAAACAAUACAUAAAAUAUACUUUUAUAGAUUUGUAUAAUAUAUAAAAUUAUGUAUUUUGGCUCAAACUGACAAUCAAAAAUUCUAUUUUUGUAUGAGGGUAGAAGAUAAUUUUGAAUAUUAAAUAUUGUGUAUCUUAAUUCAUAUUUUGAAAUAUAUAUACAAUUAAUUUUUAUCUUUUACACAAUAACACUGUAUCAAUAACAUAGCUUUAGAAUUAUAUAAACAGUUUAUAUGAGAAUAGAUUUUCCAUAUAAAUCUCUUGUCAAUGAUUUGUAUGACAAACUACAGUAUAUAAAUACUGUGUGUAUAAAAUCUAAUAACUUUUAUGACUAUACAGUAUGAGUAUAAAUCUUUUGUGUAUAAAAUAAAGUGAUUUGUAUAACUAUCUGGCUAGGUGUGUGAAAUCAGGUAUUUCAGCUAGGUAUGUCAAAGUAUGCUCUAUAUCAAGUUAUUUCGUAAUAUGCAAUGUGGCAUGUUAAAAAAAAAUCUGCCCUGUAUGCAUAGGUAUGUAGUAUGAUACUUGGACAUGUCUAGGACCAGAAACCAUCACUGCCAUAGUCUGUGCAGCUCAAUUUUAUGUGAAUUUGUAUAAAAAGAAUUCCAUCUGGGGAAUGAUAGAGACUUCAGUUAUAAAUGAUUCAGGCUUUUUUUUUUUUUUUUUUUUUUACAACAAAUUUUUGAAAUUUAGAAAUGAUUUAAGCCCUUACACCCUGCAUCAUUAUACAUUAGAAUGCAAAACAAAAAAAAACAUUCAUGAAUUCAGAAAGAACUCACUCAAAACUUUCAAAAAAUGUUAAAUAUUUUAUCCACAGUCGCAAAUUCCAACCAUUCUGGAAAAAUACCAUGACUUUGCCUGUUGUAAAUAACUCAUAACCAAUUAAACUUUUCUAAAUUCAACAAUACCAUCAUAAAAUAUUGUUUAUUUUAAAUAAUUCAGAAAACACAUAAUCUACAUUGCAAUGAUUUUGAGAUUGAAUUCAUAUAUUCAUAAACUAUUCAGUAACAUUGUUUCCAAUUCACACAUAGUUCAUUACCACUGUAACUUGCUUAGCCAUCAGAAUGAUUGGGUCCCAAUUCCUGGAUCCAUAAUGUGUGUUUGUAAUCUCUUGACUACCACCCACAGGAUGGGUAUGGGGUGCAUAAUAAAGAUAUUAAACUAA